AUGAAAGCCGCUGUCUGGGUCGAGCCGUACAAGAUUGUGGUUGAGCAGCGACCGGUGCCCAAGAUCCUGCACCCGUGCGACGUCAUUAUGAAAGUGACGACGACAGCGAUUUGCGGGUCGGACUUGCACGUGUAUGAAGGAAGGUUGCCGGUCGGGAGCGGACUUGUUAUGGGUCACGAAAAUAUGGGGAUUGUGGAGGAGGUCGGGGCGGGUGUAUCCAUGUUGAAGAAAGGCGACCGCAUCGUAGUACCAUUCAACGUCUCCUGCGGCCACUGCCGAAACUGCAACUUCGGACGCACCGGCUACUGCACGGAAGUGACCGAGGGCUACGCCGGCGGUGCGUACGGACUCGGCAUCGGGCCAUACGAUGGUGGGCAGGCACAGUACCUCCGUGUACCUUGGGCAGACUUCAACGCUCUCCUCCUGCCUCCGGGGAAGGAGCAUGAGGAUGACUUCGUGCUGCUGUCGGAUAUCUUCCCGACGGGUUGGCAUGGGCUGAGCUUGUCGGGCUUCCAACCAGGCGAUACAGUAGCAGUAUGGGGCGCCGGACCUGUCGGUCUCAUGGCAGCAUAUUCUGCUCUCCUGCGAGGCGCAAGCUCAGUCUAUGUUGUCGACCGUGUCUCUGACCGACUUGCGAAGGCCAAGAAACUGGGAUGCAUCCCGGUCGAUUUCUCCAAAGGGGAUGCUGUUGACCAGAUUAUCGCACAGAACGGGGGGAUGGUGGACCGGGCCAUUGACUGCGUUGGAUUCCAGGCUGUGAGCCAGGACGGCAAGACCGAAAGGCCGAACGCGAUCAUCGAUUCCCUUGCUCGGGUGGUGCGGCCUUGUGGAGGGCUCGGUAUACCGGGGGUGUACACCGCAUUCGAUCCUGGGGCGAAGGACGAGGCUGCGGCGAAGGGGAAUAUCCUCGUUCCAUUUGGGUUGAUGUUCGGGAAGGGCUUGACACUCGGCACCGGACCGUGCAACGUCAAGCAGUAUAAUGCCCAGUUGAGAGAUCUGAUCAUCUCCGGAAGGGCGAAGCCGUCGUUUGUGAUAUCGAAGACGGUGGAUAUUGAGGAGACGGCAGAUGCAUACGAAAAGUUUACGAAGCGCGUUGAGGGGUAUACCAAGGUGAUCAUACAUCCAAACGGGUGGUGA